AUGCUCAUGAUGGUGCAGACUUCGCCAGCACUCAACACGUAUCAUCCUCCUUCCAGCAGCGACAAGCCUUUACAAAAGAUCAAUACUUACCCACCGACCGGCCGCUGUCCCUGCUCCCACGUAACUUACACCCUCUCCUCCGCGCCCCUCACAGUCCACGCAUGCCACUGCACCUACUGCCAGCGCGAAACCGGAUCUUCCUUUGCGCUCAACGCAAUCUACGAACCCGACCGCAUUGCCCCCACAAAUGGCGUUACAGAAGCACAACUCCUGCACAAAGCAAUACCAACUGCAUCUGGUCCACAAGGACAAACCAUGGUGCGAUGUCCUGAGUGCUUGAGCGUCGUGUGGAGUCACUAUGCAGCCGAAGGCCCGCUGAAGAUUGUCAGAGUAGGGACGAUUGAUGGGGCGGUGGACGCAGCCGGGAGGUAUGUAGCGAACGGUGGGCUAGAGCCGCAUGCGUAUAUCUUCGCUAGGGAUGAGAAGAGGCAUCGAUGGUUUGGCGUUCCGGAGGGGGCCUUUGUGUAUGAGGGUCAUGGACCGAAAGAGGAAUGUUGGCCUGAAGAGAGUUUGGAAAGACUGUCUAGGUUCUCGUCGUGUGUCGCGGCUUUCGGGGACGCGAGAGAAAAGUGA